ACGAACAUAAAGCUUGCACUGGCUCUAAUCGACGUCGUUGUCGGACUGGCGAGCGCAGCUCCAGCCGAACGAGACGCAGAUUUCAACCUCGGCCAAGGUCUCGACGGAGGAAGCAACAGCUUCCAAUUCAGCUCCUCCUCCUCCUCUGGCGGCGGCCGCCGCGGCGGUGAGGGAGGCUUUGCUCUCGGAGGCGGUGAUGGAGGUUUCGCUCUCGGAGGAGGGGAUGGAGGUUUCGCUCUCGGAGGCGGCGAGGGAGGUCAGGGCUUCCAGUUCAGCUCUUCAUCCGGCGGCGCGGGAGGACAGGGCGCCGGCGUCGGCGGUACCGUCGUCCAGAGGACGGUGACCACGGAGGAGUUCGGUGGCGGAGAGGGAGGCAACGCUGGCGGCUUUGUCGGUGUCGGCGGUGUAGGUGGCGCUGACCUCGCCCCUCAGGGAGGUCAGGGAUUCCAGUUCAGCUCUUCAUCCGGAGGCGCGGGAGGACAGGGCGUCGGCGGCGGCCGUACCGUCGUCCAGAGGACGGAGACCAGGAAGGAGUUCGGUGGCGUAGAGGGAGGCAACGCUGACGGCUUCGGCAGAGCUGGUGGCGUCAUCGCUGUCAGCGGCGGUAGAAACAUCGGCGGUGGAAGCUUCGGCGGAAACAGCCAAUCCUUCCAGGUGCAGUCAACCAGGCAACAGGCCGGCGCUGGAUUCGGAGGACAGGUGAGAGGAGCCGGUGGCUUCGGAGGAGCAGGCGGAUUCCCGGCGCAGCGUAUUGGACUUGAGGGCGGAGCUACCGGAGCCCCGGAGUUCUUCACCACAACCAGAUACGGACCGAUCAGCAGCGGUGGACUGAGAGGAAGCGGAGACAGGGGCAGCAGCCUGACCUUCUCCCGUCACGGAAGCGCCACCGGCUCCCUGUUCAGCAGAGACACCGCCGAUGCCACAGAGACGGCGAAGAAGACCCGCGGAUACGAGUACAGAUACAGCCUAGGUAUUUGGACACCGCACUACACGGGUGAUAAGUCGUUCAUGAUGUACACGAUCCGCACUAAACAGGUGAGGACCUAUGCUAAACACCGCACUACAUGGGUGAGAACUCGUGAUAAGUCAUUCAUGCUGUACACGAUCCGCACUAAACAGAUUAAGGACGACGACAGUGACUACAAGUUCAUCCAGCGACAAUGGGAGGACCUGGAAUGGCUGGAACACUGUCUGACCGUCGACAUUAAUGUCAGCGGAAUUAUCGUUCCGCCGCUGCCGCCGAAGCCGGGAGCGAACGCCGCGAGUGCGGAGACGCGGUCACGCAAGCAGCUCGGUAGCGCCACGAAGACCCUGGUGGGAGACGAGUUCUAUCGCGACUGUCGCAUGCUCGAGAAGUAUCUCCGUCUGCUCAUCAAUCAUCCGACAUUCGGAAAAAACCCAGCCCUCGAAAAGUUCCUCAUGCAGAAGGAGCCGCCGACACGUGCCAGGGUGAAAAAGGGAAUGUUCAGCAAGCUGUCAUCAGCCGUCGAGAACCGCAAGUCAUCUCACCCCGAUUGUGAUGAAUUCUUUCAAAAGGAGAGAACCUGGGUGACCGAAUAUAGCAAUAUAAUGAAGGACUGUAGCAAUGCGUUCAAUCAGAAGGUUUAUGCUCAGAAGAGUCUGGCAAACGCAUACGGUCACCUAGCAACCGCCUCCACCCUUCAGUCCGCCUCUCAGGAAGGUCACGAUAUCUGCCUUAGCAAGUUUUUAACGAAGUUUUCGUCAGGCCUUGAAGGUGCCAAGCACGGACUAGAGGUGAUGAGCAACAAUGAUGAGCGUACGCUCGGCUUUUACCUCGAGUUCUACGCCAUGACCUUCGAAGCAGAGAAGGACAUGCUGCUGCGCCGGACGUGUUUGUUGGUAGAGUACGAGACAGCGAACAAAACUCUGGACAAGGCGAAGCCCAACAAGAAGGAGGCGCCUCAUCCAAGCACAAUGGCGCAGCUGUGGAAAGCCACGGAUUGGAUUAAUGCUGGAGCACUGACCCCUGUCAACACCCACAAUCUGGCAUGCUGUGCCAACUAUUGGAUAGAUACAUCCCGCUUCUCUGUUUCACACAUGAAGUCAAAUGACCAGCACCGCCUGCUGUAG